GGAUUAGGGAAGGAUGAGCACAGUUUUAGAUGCCUCAUGGCCACCUCCACCCUAAUCCAGGGCCUGGAAAUCAGCCGGCUCUGCUUUUCUCUUCCUGCCCUUCUAGGCAAGCCCUUCCCAGAAGCCCCUCUGGUUACCAUCUUUUGCAAUCAAAACUUAGGAGUCCUAUCCCAUGCCUGUCUCGCCUGAAAGGCAGACAAGGCCCAGGGGACUGAUGAGUGCUCCCAGGGAGAGGUAAGGGCCUCCUCCUGGACACCAUCCAAGAAACAUCACCAUAGCAACCCCAACAGCAAACAAUGCUGCCAGGAAAGUCUUCCUUACCAAGCUGCUCCUCCUGGCAGUCAGGCCCAGAAGAGGAAUGGCCAGUAGCCCACAGAGACAACCCAGAGGGCGGAAUAAUCCAGUCCAUGUCCAAGAACCUUUCUUGCAGAUGGCCCACGCCCGAGAGCCCCUCCUGACCCACCAACCGCUGGCCCGGCGUGAGUUCCUCCUCCCCAGUGAGCCCGGGGAGUGGCCCGGCUUCACCCGGCAGGCCUACCACCGGCUGGCCCUGAAGCCGCCGCCUUGCACCGAAACGAAAUCCGAGGUGCGCCGCCGACUGAUCCGCCCUUGGAAGGACGCGGCGCCGCACACGUGGGGCUUUCACACGUGGCUCGAUGUGGGCCGUUUGCCAGCCACCUUUCCCACCAGGCCCGACAGGCCCUACGACAGCAACGUGUGGCGCUGGCUGACGGACUCCGGGGCCCACGGCCGCCCCCCAGCGGAGCCUCCCAUCCCUCCUCCCUCCUGGAUGGGUCCCAACAGCUUUCUGACCUUCAUCUGCUGUACUCCCAUCUUCGCGGACGACAACAGGAAGAACCAGGUGACCGUCAGGACGGUGCAGGAACUGAGGGAGCUGGAGAAACUCAAGUUGAGGAGUGAAGCAAGGGCACCUCCCCUCGACGCCAAGGGCAACAUCCUGCCCUCGAAGAAGUUCAAGAAGUACCGGCACAUCUCAGCUGGUGGAAGGUUUGAGCCUGGAGGCCUCCAGCUCAUGCCCAACCCACUUCCCAAUGAUUUCGCCAGGGGCUGGCCCUGCCCAAACCCUCUGCCUCAUUACCAGGAGAAGGCGCUAAAACUGGCCUUCCUGCCUAGUGCACCCCUGAGCCAGGACCUCCUGAGGAAUUACCAAACCCUGAUAGAGAACCGGGUUGCCUUGCCCCUCUAUCAACUCUCCAAGGCACAACCUGGUAAAACCUUAGUGAGGAAGACCAAGAGAAGAUCUGGACAGAGCUAGAAAAGCCUCCAGCUGGGCAGGGACCACUGUGGGCUACAGCGUUCUCAACCAAUGCACCUUCAACAAGAAGCUUCUGCAGAACAGAACCUCUGCACCAUCCCUCCAGCUGCAGGCCACCUCUGUCCCCCAAGCUCCUAGAGACUCUACUUAAACUCUAAAUGAUUA